AAACAAUAGAAAACUCACAGGGAGCUUAUCAGGAGGCAUUUGAUAUCAGCAAGAAGGAGAUGCAGCCAACACAUCCGAUUCGCUUGGGUCUAGCUCUUAACUUCUCUGUAUUUUAUUAUGAGAUUCUCAACAAUCCUGAGCUUGCCUGUACGCUGGCAAAGACAGCGUUCGAUGAGGCUAUUGCAGAACUUGAUACACUGAACGAAGACUCAUACAAAGACAGUACUCUCAUCAUGCAGUUGCUUAGAGACAACCUAACAUUAUGGACAUCAGACAGUGCAGGAGAAGAAUGUGAUGCUGCAGAAGGUGCAGAGAACUAACCUGCGCGUGGGGCGUCGUUCUCCCUUUCCUCCUCGAGAAACCUUUUUACACGUCUCCAUUCCUUAUAGCUCCACUUGGAUUUCCUAUAGCAAAGAAAACCCAUCCAUGUGUAUGGAAAUCAAUUUAUAGUCUUUUCACACUGCAGCUUUGGGAAAACUCCAUUCCUUGAUUUGUGUUUGUCCUGGCCUUCCUGGUGUGCGGUUACUGCUGUAGAAAAGUAUUAAUAGCUUCAUUUCAUAUAAACAUAAGUAACUUCCAGACACUUAUGUAGCGGACUAAGGUGUACCUGGUAUUUAAAAACGAAUCUGAACCAGUUCCUGCCAGUUGACUGUGUUUUGUAUUACAGUAAGACAUGAAAAUGUAGUUAAUUGCAACUAAAGAGUGUUCCACAUACAUAGCUUUUAAUUCUCCACAUUCCCUCCUUCCGCAGGGUUUCCUUUCCAUAAUUGACUUUCACGUGCUACUGCGUAUCCUUUCAGUAGGAAUAUGGAGGUGUUGGGGCAGAUCAAGUCGAGCAUUUCUAGUCUGGAAAACGACAGAUUGAGUCGCUUCCCGUAUCAUGUAAUACAGAAGCUUGUGUGGUUGAAAACAGGGGCUUCUCUUAACCUUCAGUUGCUGCUGUUUGAGUUGAUAUCCCUUCCCAAUAAAAGUUCACUUACACUCCUGCUCUGUAGUUCUGGUAUUCACUUUACUACGUAUUAGAAGCAGCAUGUUACUGCCGGAGUACAGGCAGUGCUUUUUGGCAGCCUGAAGUGCAUGUCCUUUCUUAAUACACUGGAAUGGGAAAACCAAUUGAAGUUCACAUGUCCAAGUAUCAAAUUUAGUACUUUUCCAUGCAGGUUUGUGCACAUGUGAGAAGGUGUCAAGUUCGUCCAGUGAUUGUUAUUUAGAGAGUUUGGACCACUAUUGUGUGUUGCUAAUCAUUGACUGUAGUCCCAAAAAAGCCUUGUGAAAAUGUUAUGCCCUCUGUAACAGCAAAGUAACAUUAAAUAAAAUUACAUUUUAUAAACCA